AUGCUGUCGCUGUGGGUCUACAUGAUCUACUGCUGCGUGGGCUACUGCUCCACGGUGCCCAGCCUCAGGUACGUGAACAGACACGGGAAGGACGUGGACGCGGUGGAGAGCGCCGGUGCGUCCAGGGACUUACUGAACAACAACUACAACGAUGUGGACAGCAGAGGCGAGGAGUGGGACGAGGCGAAGGCGCUGGAGGAUAAUGCCCUGUCAGGUUUUCUCAAUGAGUCCAAGAAGUUACCCCAGGCCAUCAUCAUCGGGGUGAAGAAAGGAGGGACCCGUGCGCUGCUCGAGUUUCUGCGCCUGCAUCCAGACGUGAGAGCCGUGGGAGCAGAGCCACACUUCUUUGACCGCAACUAUGACAAGGGCUUGGAGUGGUACAGGGACUUGAUGCCAAAGUCUUUGGAUGGCCAGCUCACUAUGGAGAAGACCCCCAGCUACUAUGUGACCAAGGACAUCCCCUCUCGGAUCUACAACAUGUCCAAAGACACCAAACUUAUCGUGGUGGUCCGGGACCCUGUGACACGGGCCAUCUCCGAUUACACUCAGACACGCUCUAAGAAACCGGACAUCCCGUCUUUCGAGAGCCUCACUUUUAAAAACAUGUCCGCAGGUCUGAUCGACGCCUCGUGGAGCGCCGUGCAGAUCGGGAUGUACGCAAAGCACCUGGAACGCUGGCUCAAGUACUUCCCUCUGGAGCAGUUGUUGUUUGUGAGUGGAGAGCGACUCAUCACUGACCCCUCUGGUGAAAUGGUGCGAGUGCAGGACUUCCUCCAGCUGAAGAGAGUUGUGGAUGAGAAGUACUUCCAUUUCAAUCCAGCAAAGGGCUUUCCGUGCCUGAAGAGGCCAGAGAGCACCAACAAACCACACUGUCUGGGAAAAACUAAAGGCAGGACGCAUCCCAACAUCCACCCAGAAGUGGUGCAAAAGCUACGGGACUUUUACAAACCGUUCAAUAUGAAGUUUUAUGAGAUGACCGGCCACCAUUUUGGCUGGGACUAA